UCUCUCAAAUACUUAAAAAGUCAAAUGACUUCUGCAGAAGACAAGGUAGCAGUAUCCCUAUAAUCCAAAUCUGUGUCCACACUUUUGUUUUUUUUAAUAAACCAAUCUUGGCGUAUAAUUCAUGUUAGAGACCCCAUUAGAAUCUCCCUUCAAAGCUUUGUCUUGCAAUAAAAUUCCCUUUUAUAGGAGACUUCACCUAACCAAAAUCAGAAAUCUAAACCGAGGCCCCAUGUUCUCCUUCCGGUGGCUCCUGGGUGCCUUGCACCUCACUAUUUGGGGUCCAGUCACACUGACCAUGACCCAUGCCAUGCUGCCACCGCCCCCAGUUCAAUGCAACGACAAUGGCUGCACCCUUUACAACUCCUAUGGUGUAUGGAAUGAUAGAAAAGAUUGUCAUGUUCCAAGCAUCACUUACCCUACGACAGAAGAAGAGAUGAGGUUAGCUGUUGCACAUGCCAAUCAAAAUAACCUCAAGGUGAAGGUGGUUAGCCGAUUUUCGCACACAAUACCAAAGUUGGCCUGCCCAGAUGAUGCACAGCAUGGCAACUCAAUGUUGAUAAGCACAUUGAAGUAUAAUUCUAGCAUUGAAAUUGACACCGCUAAUUUAGCUGUGACAGCUGAUGCGGGCGUAGGUCUACGCGAGCUUAUCGAUGAGGUUGAGCGAUCUGGAUUGAGCUUGGUGCCAGCACCAUAUUGGGAGGGUGUGAGUGUUGGAGGAGUAAUUAGUACUGGGGCACAUGGGAGUUCUUGGUGGGGAAAAGGUGGAGCCGUCCACGACCAUGUUAUUGGCCUUAACCUUAUCGUCCCCGCAAGAGAGUCUGAAGGAUAUGCUAAAAUUAUCAGAAUUGGAGCCAAAGAUCCCCUCUUGAAUGCAGCGAAAGUAUCAUUGGGAAUGCUGGGUGUCAUCUCCAAGGUGAAGCUGUCUCUAGAGCCAGCAUUCAAAAGAAGCGUAGCAUAUAAUUUCACAGAUGAUGCUCACAUAGAGGAUAUAUUCAUGGAUCAUGGUAAGAAAUAUGAAUUUGCUGAUGUUACUUGGUACCCAUCAAGGCAUACAGCUGUGUACAGAUAUGAUUACAGAGUUCCCUUAAGCACCUCUGGUAAUGGAGAAUAUGAUUUCCUUGGAUUUCAGCCUAACUCAAUUGUGGUCUCCAAAGCAACUAGAUCAUCAGAGAAAUUACUGGAGAGUGCGCGUAAUGUGAAUGGAAAGUGUGCCUUGGCAACCACAUUUGUGGGGUUUAAGAAGUUAGUGGCCAACGGAUUGAAGAAUGGCCUAAUCUUUACAGGCUAUCCAGUGGUGGGUCAUCAGGGAAAAAUGCAGACCUCAGGUUCAUGUUUAUAUUCAACAAAGAUCGACACCUCUUGUGCGUGGGAUCCAAGAAUCGGUGGUCUGUUCUUUUACGAGACAACAGCAAUAUUUCCUGCUUUAAAAUUUGGAGAUUUUCUCCGAGAUGUGAAGAAACUGAGAGACCUUAAACCAGAGAAUUUUUGCGGGGUUGACAUCUACAAUGGUUUCCUGAUACGUUUCAUCAAGGCUUCUCAGGCAUAUCUAGGCCAAUCUGAGGACUCAAUAGUACUCGAUUAUAACUAUUAUCGUGCUGAUGAUUCUUCAACUCCAAGGCUAAACCAAGAUGUAUGGGAAGAAGUGGAGCAAAUGGCAUUCUUCAAAUAUGGGGCAAAACCACAUUGGGCUAAGAACAGGAAUUUGGCGUUCUUGGAUUUGCAGCACAAGUAUCCUAAUUUCAGCAAGUUUCUAGCAGCAAAGAAGCAACUGGACCCUAAGAACAUGUUCUCCGGUGAAUGGUCAGAUGAGAUAUUAUAUGGUAAAGAAGCUGCGAAAGCUGAUGGAUGUGCCUUAGAGGGGCAAUGUAUAUGCUCAGAGGAUAUACACUGUAGCCCAAAAAAGGGGUAUUUCUGUGAACAAGGUCUAGUUUAUAAAGAAGCUAGGGUCUGCAGGUAUUCAUCAUCAGCUACAAAAUAAUACCAUCACAUUUUGACUACCACCAAACGUAAUUAUUGUACGCAUCGACCAUUGUUGCUGUUCCACAAUGUGAAACGGAUUCAGCUCAUAAUAAUGAUUAAAAAUAAAAUAAAAUGGAUGACAACUGAAAAGUA